AUGGAUUCGCUUCCGUCGAACUCGAAAUCACACAGCCUGUUCCAGGUCUACCUCCGACUGCGGCCACCACAGACUGGAGCCACCGCGGCGGAUCGCUUCCUCGAUGUAGAGCCGCCAGCAACAGAUGCCGCGUCGACCGCACCGACUCACAUUCGCCUCAACCCGCCCAACGACCGGCGGCGUGCGAUUGAGAAGUUCUGCUUCACACAGGUCUUUGAGGAGGACGCCAGCCAGCUUGAUGUUUUCCACUGCACCAAUGUUGUUCCGCUGGUUGAGGGCGUGCUCGCACCCCAUGGCGGUGAAGGCACCGAUGCGCUGCUCGCCACGCUCGGCGUCACGGGCUCUGGAAAGUCGCACACAAUUCUCGGCUCUCGGUCCCAGCGCGGCCUCACACAGCUCACGCUCGACGUUCUUUUCCGCUCAAUCGGCCACAACAUUGCCGACUGCGCAACAUCUUCGUCUCUCGAAGCUUCGAUCAACGCAUCCGACGCAUCCGAAGCCACCAUCUACACAGCAUCGACUUUCCUCGACUCGGUGUAUGCCGACGCUUCUGGGCCGUCCCACUACAGCUCGCGGGCUCCCACUCCCAUGAUCGCCAGCGUCCGAAUCGUCCGCCGCGAAGACUACGCAGUUCCUACAACAAGCUGUGCUUUGCCGGUACCAGUGACGCCCGUCAAACAGACAGCCGUAGCAAGAUGCGGGCUGAAUGUGCUGCCGGGCCCUGGCAACAAGGCCAAGACCAAGCCCGCCUCCUCUGCCAAAACGCCACUGACGGCGCGACGUUUUAUGGCGUCCACGACCGCGUCGUCAAAGCAGCAAAAACACAUGAAUGCUAAAUGUUUCUUUUCACAGGGCGACUACUCGUCAGCCGGUGCACCGCCGCCGCCAACCCCUCGCCGUCUUCUCAACCGGCCAUCUGCUUUCCCGCAACAACCCGACAUUAGCGGUGUGAAUGUCAACAGCGAUCCGGGCUCCCAGUAUACCGUGCUGGUGUCGAUGUACGAGGUCUACAACGACCGCAUCUUCGACCUGCUGACGCCACCCAUCAAGUCAGCUGCGACCAAGGAAUACCGCCGGCGGCCACUGCUGUUCAAGAGCACAGAGCUCUCGCCUGAUCGGAAGGUGGUCGCUGGUCUGCGCAAGAUCAUCUGCAGCAACCUGAACCAGGCGCUGUUGGUGCUUGAGGCAGGCCUUCACGAGCGCCGUGUCGCCGGUACCGGUAGCAACAGCGUCAGCUCGCGCAGCCACGGCUUUGUGUGCAUCGAGGUCAAGAAGCGGUCCGUACAGGGUCGUCACAAGGAGUCAGCGCUGUGGACCGGGAAUGUUUUGACAAUUGUUGAUCUGGCUGGCAGCGAGAGAGCACGCGACGCCAAGACGGCUGGCGCGACUCUUGCUGAGGCUGGCAAGAUCAACGAGAGUCUCAUGUAUCUGGGACAGUGUCUGCAGAUGCAGAGCGACGUUGGUAGCUCGACCAAGCCCAACAUGGUGCCAUUCCGCCAGUGUAAACUCACCGAGCUUCUCUUCUCCAACUCCUUCCCAUCCGCGUCCAUGCAGUCGUCGCACUUCGGCCAGUCUGUUCGGCGGAACCCUCAGAAAGCCGUCAUGAUCGUCACCGCCGACCCGCACGGCGAUUUCAACGCCACGUCACAGAUUUUGCGCUACAGCGCCCUUGCUCGCGAAAUCACUGUUCCGCGCAUCCCGUCCAUUACACAGACGAUUCUGGGAUCCGCGCCGGCCACUUCGCAGCAUGGUCCUCUCGGCACGUCGCCCCCUCUGUCAACCAUCAGCACCGCUAGCAGCGGCCACCAUGCCGGCAAUCACACUGUGCAACACCACCGGCCUUUCUUCCCGCCUGGGAGCACAGCCAGCUCAGCGCCACACAACCGAACAUUCUCCCCGAUCAGCAAUGCGUCUUCCGAAGACCGCGUCACGAUGGAGAUUGCUGCUCUGGAGAUUUCGCGCAUGUCGGAAGAAAUCGACUACCUGCGGGCCUCGCUCGAACAGGAGUCUGAGAAGCGCCAUGAGGCGGAGUCCCACCUGCUCUCCAUGACCGACCGGAUGCUGGAGCAAGAGCAAGAGAUCCGCGAAGACUGUGCGAUUGAGUUUGAGACGCGCUUGGCCGUUGAGAUGGCUCGUUGGAAGGCGAGCCUCGAGGUCGAGAAGGAGCGUGGCGAAGAGCACUGGGACCGCAAGGUCGAGGUGAUGGAGCGUCUGCAGAGCACAGAGACUGACGAGAAUCAGGGCAGUCGUGGCCGCUGCGAUCAUGAAGACAAGGAGAAUGUCCUGGUGGAGAACCUUGAGGACGAGAAUGAGCGCUUGCGGCGCGAAAUUGCCGUUCUGAAGCGGGAACUCACGGGCCGCUCACCUGUAAAGCGCAAGCCUUUGCGCGAGCGCGACGAUCUACCGACGGCUUCGCCAGGUGCCUCCACGCCAGCGUCCGCCGGUCGCGCAGCCGUCGACAGGCAUGCCGCUGCAGGCAGCUCUGCCGAAAAAGUGCUCGAAAAGGCCGGCGAAAGCCUCCGGCGGAAGAUGGAGAGGUUACGCAUGAGCGACGAUGAUGCUGACACCAUUAUGGGUCGUCCCAGCGGGCGUCCCAGCGGUGCGUCCGUCAAGUCCACCGCCAGCAGCGGCAGUCCAAAGAAGAUGCGCAAGCUUUCGCCGAGAAAGUGGGAUGUUGCUCUUGAUGACGAUGAUUUGUUUUGA